AUGCAACCAAAAACAGAGUUCGUGAAGUUCUUGAGAAAAGGUGCGUAUGGAUCAGUCGAUCUCGUCAAGUACAUCAAACGCGACGAUAACGCUUUGCCUCUUUACGCCGCCGUGAAAACCGCCGAAUGUGAAGACUACAACUCUCUCGAAAGAGAAAUUCAGAUUCUAUCCAAACUUGAAGGAUGUCGAAGGAUCGUGCAAUGCUAUGGGAAUUAUACUUUAGAAGAGGACUUCGAUGUCGGUGGAUUCCGAGUCUACAAGAUGGUUAUGGAGUACGCAGCUGCAGGGAGUUUAUUCAGUUUCAUGGACAGUUACAAAGAUAGAAAGUUACCGGAAACGAUGAUUAAAGACUUUACUCGUAUGAUUCUUCAAGGAUUAGUCUCUGUUCAUAGACUCGGUUAUGUUCAUUGCGAUCUAAAACCCGAUAAUCUACUUGUCUUUCCAUGUAGACAAUCUUACGAAUUGAAGAUUUCAGAUUUCGGGUCUUCGAGAAAAGUCGGAGAAUAUUCUGAUUGCUGGGAUGUUGAUUUGCCGUUUGUUGGAACGCCUGUUUACAUGUCGCCAGAAUCAGUCCGUAGCGGCGUGGCUGAGAAAGCCCUAGAUUUGUGGUCGUUAGGGUGCAUAGUAUUGGAGAUGUAUACCGGUGUGAUUCCAUGGUCGGAGGUUGAAUUUGAGGAUCUUGCGCCUGCUCUAUCAAAAGGUAAAGCGCCGGAGAUUCCAAAGAGUUUACCGUGUGAUGCAAGGAAGUUUCUAGAGACGUGUUUUUCAAGGAACCCUAAGGAGAGAGGAAGUGCUUCGGAUUUAUUGUCUCAUCAGUUCUUGCGUGGUGAAGUGGUCUCCGGCUUCUCGCUUCCGCCGUUGAAGUUGAAGAUUAAACUAGCACCGGAGAAACCGACGAAUGUUUCGAAGAAGCCCUUGAAGCUAAAGAUUAUCCCACCAAAGCCCCCACAGUUUAAGAAAGGUGGGAUUAAACCCUUGAAGUUGAAGAUUAUGCCUUUGAAGCCUCCAGCUUCUAGUUUCGUUUCUGUUCAAUAG